AAGGAGAUUGCUUCAGGUCCUGAAUACUGGAUCAGCUUAUGUGCAACCUACAACAUUAUCUCCGCCUGGCCGGAUCGCUGCUCUGAACCUGGAAGGCUAUCGGGAACUCCCGCUCGCCUGUCCUGUCUGCAUCUGCAGUUGCCUCUGUGGGCCUCAUGACUGCAGCCCUGCCCGCUCACCCUCUCUCCGCCUCUCUUCAGAACUGAGCAUGCAGAGUUCAGAGGGUGCAGCGGACUCACCAGCUUCUGUGACUCUGUGUUCGUCAGCGGCCGCCCAGGCGCCUGUGGCCCAGCCAGUGCCAGCCUCCCCGCAGAGGGUGCUGGUCCAGGCAACGGGCUCGGCUUCCAAAGGGGCCCAGAUGCAGCCAAUCUCCCUCCCCAGAAUCCAGCAGGUGCCACAACAGGUCCAGCCUGUACAACACGUGUACCCAUCCCAAGUGCAGUACGUGGAAGGCGGAGACGCCGUCUACACGAAUGGUGCCUUGCGGACGGCCUAUGCCUAUAACCCCGAGCCUCCAAUGUAUGCUACAAGCAGUGCAGCAUCUUACUUCGAGGCCCCGGGCGACGCCCAGGUGACCGUGGCAGGCUCCUCGCCGACAGCAGUCCCCUCCCACACCAUGGUGGGCAUCACCAUGGAUGUCGGGGGGAGCCCCAUUAUCUCCAGCACAGGAGCCUAUCUCAUCCACGGGGGGAUGGACAGCACCAGACACUCGCUGGCCCACACUUCCCGGUCGUCUCCAGCAACGCUUGAAAUGGCGAUUGAAAACCUCCAAAAAAGCGAAGGGAUCACAUCACACAAAAGCGGUUUACUCAACAGCCAUCUCCAGUGGCUGUUAGAUAACUACGAAACCGCUGAAGGCGUCAGUCUCCCCCGAAGUUCUCUUUAUAACCAUUACCUUCGGCACUGCCAGGAGCACAAGCUGGACCCUGUGAAUGCCGCCUCCUUUGGGAAACUGAUUCGCUCCGUGUUUAUGGGCCUGAGGACCCGGCGGCUGGGUACCAGGGGCAACUCAAAGUAUCAUUACUAUGGGAUCCGUCUAAAGCCGGACUCGCCCCUGAACCGGCUGCAGGAGGACACCCAGUACAUGGCCAUGCGGCAGCAGCCUGUGCAUCAGAAACCGAGGUACCGGCCAGUCCAGAAGUCGGACAGUCCUGGGGACAAUGGCUCGCACAGCAGCCUACACAGCACGCCAGAGCAGGCCAUGGCCGCCCAGAGCCAGCACCACCAGCAAUACAUAGAUGUCUCCCACGUCUUCCCGGAGUUCCCAGCACCUGACCUGGGCAGCGUCUUGCUGCAGGAGAGCAUCACGCUUCAAGACGUCAAGGCCCUGCAGCUGGCCUAUCGGCGGCACUGUGAGGCAACUUUAGAUGUCGUGAUGAACCUCCAGUUCCACUACAUUGAGAAGCUGUGGCUUUCCUUCUGGAAUGCUAAAGCCUCCUCCAGCGACGGCCCUGCCUCUCUACCAGCCAGUGAUGAGAUUCCCGAAGCCACCAUCCUCCCGAAGGACAAGCUGGUGUCUCUGUGUAAAUGUGACCCCAUCCUUAAGUGGAUGAGGAACUGUGACCACAUCCUCUACCAGGCCCUGGUGGAGGUCCUCAUCCCCGACGUGCUGCGGCCAGUACCCAGCACCUUGACACAGGCCAUUCGUAACUUUGCCAAGAGCUUGGAAGGCUGGUUGACGAACGCCAUGAGUGACUUCCCACAACAGGUUAUCCAGACUAAGGUCAGCGUGGUCAGCGCCUUCGCCCAGACCCUGCGGAGAUACACAUCCCUCAACCACCUGGCACAGGCGGCCCGGGCCGUACUUCAGAACACUUCCCAGAUCAACCAGAUGCUCAGCGACCUCAACCGCGUGGACUUUGCCAACGUGCAGGAGCAAGCCUCAUGGGUGUGCCAGUGCAAGGAGAGCGUGGUGCAGCGGCUGGAGCAGGACUUCAAGCUGACCCUGCAGCAGCAGAGCUCCCUGGACCAGUGGGCCAGCUGGCUCGACAACGUGGUCACGCAGGUCCUGAAGCAGCAUGCGGGCAGCCCCAGCUUCCCCAAGGCCGCCCGGCAGUUCCUGCUGAAAUGGUCCUUUUAUAGCUCCAUGGUGAUCCGAGACCUCACCCUGCGCAGCGCUGCCAGCUUCGGCUCCUUCCACCUGAUACGCCUGCUGUAUGAUGAGUACAUGUUCUAUCUGGUGGAGCACCGCGUCGCCAAGGCAACCGGGGAGACACCCAUUGCCGUGAUGGGAGAGUUCAACGACCUCGCCUCCCUGUCACUGACACUGCUGGACAAAGAUGACAUCAGUGAAGACCGGAGCAGUGAGGCCGAUGCGGAUGCCCGCAGCUUGGGUGAGCCCCUGGUAAAACGGGAGCGCAGUGACCCGAACCACUCCCUGUAGGGUAUGUAGCACUGAGGCCCUUCCCCAGGCCUGCCUGGCCUCCUCGAGCUCCACAACAGUCGUGCCUCUUACAUGAAGUGACCUUGACUCUGACUCACAGGAUCCCAGGGCAUGUGCACCCUGAAAGGACAUGCUAUUCCUCCCCAAGAAAACUGUUGUUCGCCACGGCUGAAGGUUACACCUGGUUCUGAGUACCUGAGUGGCUCCCCUGGGGGUCACCCGGAUCAUCUUUUCCUCCUGACUGUCUUAGUUCUCCCGUCUGCUGGACUGUGACCUUCAGGCCACUUCCACACACCCCGCCGAGCUGGAAAGACCGAGCUGGGCAGGUCAGCACCUCUGCGUUGGGCUUCUCCAUUCAGCUCAGUCCAGUUUUCACCGUGAUUUUUAAAACUCAGGCAGAUCCCAGGAAGGAAGGGUGUCUCAUAGCUGUUGGUCAGUCCCACACUGACCUCGUCCACGGAGACCCUGCUCUGGUGCCCCUGUGAUGGAAAGGCGUGUCUCCGCACUGCACCCCAUGGCCUCUGGUAGACAGGCUGUCCUCGGCCUCCUGUCCUGUGCUGAAGCAGGGAGGUCCCAGGGCCCCACUUCUAGACUCCAAAGGUCCACAGUGUGUCUCUAGAUGGCAGGCAGCCCAUGGGCCCAUGUGGCUCAAAGAACAAGUCACAGAAAUAGGCCCGCUGUGUCUAAGAAUUAACACCAGAAGGAUUACCAGCACCAGGAAGGACUGUGGGUCUGUCCAAGGUUACAGCCAACAUGAAGCCAACCGCUGAGUCUGCAGUGCGUCUGAUCCAAGGGGGCCAAGGCAGUCAGUGUUCCAGUGGUGCAUUCAGAAGCCCGCCAUCCCGCCAAAUCUGCACCAAUAGCCAUGCCUGCAGUGUGGCCCACAGAAUCUUCGAGAACGCCUGCCUUGGAAUUGGUGAUCCUGGAGAACGGUGACCCUGGGCAGGUCCCAUCUUGAACUGUUUGAAGUUGAGAUCUUUUCUGGGGACAAACAAAUCCCAAGGACUUGGACAGCCCUGAACUUUAAACUCCCAAUCUGUGUCCCAAAUAGCAACACGCACUUGGUUGCUCCGUGUGAGAGUCCUGUCCCAAAAGCAACUGCAAAGAAAGACAAACCUCUAGUCUAGGAAGCGCCAUCUAAUGCAAUGCAAAUGUUUCUCUCUUUGGAAAUAUCUUUAUACCAAUAGUUCUGUGCUCCUAUUGUUAUUAGAACAUUUCUUAAUAAUGUAUAUUGCAGUAUAUUUGGUCCCCAAUAUUUUAUCUCAUUCAUGUCAAGCAGGAGCGCUGGGCCCACCUCGGCCCUCGCCAGGUGUGCGGGGUGGUGGUGGGGGAGGAAAUGGCAAGAGACUCGCUGACUGUAGAAACCCCAAGUCCAUGAUGAUCACAAUGUUUGUCUGGGCUUAGCGUUCAAGACUUAGAUGAAAUCAGACAGAAAGAAUGUCUUUAAAUAUACACCUCCUCUGCUGGAAGGCCCUGAAGCCCACGGGGCAUGCACUGUGAUGGCCUCUUCUUUCCCAGGGUCAGCUGGGUUCUGCCUUAGGCUCUGCCGUGUCCUUUGCAGGAUUCCACGAGGAGGACUACAAAUGACAGUAAAGACACGAGUCUUCCGAGCCCGUUCUCGUUUUUCAUCGCAGUAAACACAUUAAGCAUACCCAUUUGGGGGUCACAAUCCACACUCCAGCCCCCUCCCACCCCAGGGUGCUGGAGGGUAGAUGCUCCCUCCCAGCCUGCUCGGAACAGCAGCUUGGAGAAGGAGCAAUGUUCUUCAAGCUUCACUUAGCAAGGCCAGUCCAGGGCCAAAGAUGGCAAGAAACAAUUCCUAGCACAGGAUGGUCGAGGCCAUUUGUAAACAGAGUAAAUUCAUUCAAAUAUUACAGAAUAAAUCCACACUCCAGCCACUGAAGCAGCCCACCAGUUGUUCUCAAGGUUUAUUCGGGGGCGGGGGCGGGGGAGGGGCGUGGCGGCUGGCAAAUCCAGAAUCUCCUAAGAACCAAUGCUAGAGCUUGUUCCAAAAUCGCCAAUCCCUGGGCCCCAGCUGAAGAAAGCCUGCCUCUUGGGAUUGGGCUGGAUCUGGGAAUCCAUAUUAUGACCACCACUUCCCAGGGGAGUGUGACACAGGGGAUCAUAGGACUUUGAAGAAACCCUGCAGAGAGCAAUGCCAUUCUUGAUCAGCCUCCCCUAAAAGCAGCUUCUCACUGCCAGGCCAGUACCCCACAUGCCCCCAGGGAUGCUCGGCCUUAGGCCCCAGAGCAGGCCUCUGUCCCAGGAAGUGGCCCUGGGCCAUGGGUCCCUUCUAGAAUCCUCUAUGAUGGGGCCUCCAGGUGACACUAAAAUUGUCCAUCACUUCCUUGGGCUGGGACUCCAGGGUCUGUGCUUGUCUUAAUGCUCUUCUGUCACUAUCUUGAAAUUCUUAAUUUUGGAACAAAGGGCCUACAUUUUCAUUUUCACUGGGCCCCACAAAUUCCAUGGCUGAUCCUGGUGAACUCCCUCUUCUUCAGGCCCUGACUCUGUGCUGAUUCCCUGCCAGUCUCACAGAACCCAGACUCGCCCCUACCCUCUGGUGAUUCACAAUUUCAGCUACUUAGCAGCAAUAGCUCUUGCACCAAACAGCGCCGCCCCCGCCCCCGCCCCGCCUUCCCCUUCAGAGAAACAGGCUGGGUGUUGGGUGGCAGGGUCCCUGGAGGAGAAUCGGGCCCUGCCCUUGGGGUCUGAGUGGCUGGUGAAGGAUUGAACAUGGGUGGUGCCUACGUGAUUACUGCCCCAGGAGUCAGAGAGAUGAGCAAGGGAACCUGCUGAAGUCCCACAGGCUGCCAAGUUUCUUGGAGGGCCCACUGGGUAAGGGCUCUGGGAAGCAGGCAUUGCACAAUGGAGGGAACCUAGUCCUACCAAGAGCCUCUGGGAGCUUCUGCCUAAUCACAGGAGCUCCACAAUAGAUACUUUGGUCUGAUCUCCUCUUUUGGACAAUCUUCCAAGGCAGGUAUUACCCCGAUUGUGCACAUGGGGAAAUUGAAGCUGCUGGCUGGAAUGCAGACAUGAUGGCUGGAGCACCAACAGCCAUCUUGGAUCUUGAGGUGGAUGUUAUCUAAUAAGGAUGGCAAAGCAAUGUGACAGAAGGAGCCUGGGUCCCUGGUGAUCAUUAUAGCUUUAAUGGCCCCAUCAGAAUUCAAUAAGCCACAGUUGGGGGGAAAGGGAGUGCAGGAGGACCCAUAGAUGCCCCUACACACCCCACUGCAGGUGUUAACUCUUGUCUGCCUUGCUCAAGACUAUUUCCCAAUUCUAGCACACUGUAUGCUCAGCAAACAUUUAGUGAAUGAGUGAGUGAGUGAAUUAAUGAAUGAAGAAGGCCUCUGGGAGAAGAUACUAUUCCUGGGGAUUAUGGGAAGGUAGAGGAAAGGAGAGAAAAUGUGGAGGAAUGAUGAGGAAUAGACAAAGCGAAACUUGGGAGGCCACCAUCAGAAUUUUUAAAGCUGGACUGAUUCUGGAAGGAUGGAUUAAACAUGAAGAAACUGGAAGCAAGGAGGUCAACUAGGUACUUGUUAAAGUCUACAAGGGAGGCUCUAGGGGCUGAACUGGAGUGUGGUAGGGGAAGGGGAAAAGAGGGCCGAGGCCUGCUAGAGCCACUGUCCAGCGGCAGGCCGAGUGGGUUAUAAAAUCAUGCUUGUGACUUAGGAUCCGUUUAGUUUUCUUUUUAAUGGACUAAGAAAAGAUCAGGAGUGUCAACAUAAUAAAAAUAAGCAUGGCUUUA